CGUAAGCAAAAUUGCACACCAUGUAAUCGUUUGUGUUAUUUUAAACAUAAAUAAUUUUUAAGAACUCGUACAAUGUUUUUGAUAUGGUUGAGUAAGCGCCAAUUCUAGUCAGACGAUCGAUGUGUUAAACCGAUAAAAUCUAGUCAAACGGAUCGUGUGCCAGGAUACGAUUGAGGGCAAGCAAAUCAAUUUCGCAAUGAGUGAGGAAGCUCAUCGAAGAAAAAACCCCUUCGCGUCGUCGCGGCGGGGCUUACACGGGGCAGAAGAUCGAACGGACGGAGGAGAUGACUCAGAAGGGCAAGAAAAUGAGGGCGAGCCUUUGUGCGAAGAGGUCCCAACGGCGAUGACGGAAUCGUACAGCGAGAUCGCAUACACACAUAAUCUAUUCGGAACAGCAGCCGAUGAAACGGACGGAGGUACGAGCAAUGGUAACCAACUGGACGGAUCGUCUUCUUCUUCGUCCUCCUCCCAGACAAAAAAGCGUCCCGACUCGUUGGUAUGCGACGGACGGAAAGCCAGUUUCCCGUACAACCUUGAAGGAACAGUCCGGGUGGACGGGAACAUGACACACUUCGUAGCGGAAAAUCUAGAGUACAAAAUAAAGCUAGCCAGUCCGGUAACGGUGACCCGCAAGGAUUCCUGCAAUUUAUCCAGCUCACGACAGAGCACACCGUCUGCCGCAACCGGUGGGCUUAGCGGGCUCAGUGUUCUCCCCGGAAGUAGUGGAAGUGCCAACCUAGCGCUUCCCAGUACCAGUGGAGGAUACGGUCGUGGACCUUUGCCCUAUCCGAUAGCCGGUGGAGCGAACUAUUGCGCUUCCUCCGUGGAUCCUACUGUGCUGAAUGAAAUCGAGCGCGAAGCGCAGGCGCUGGCCGCGUCGGUCGACAGUUUGUCGGAAAAUCUGUGCAGUGUGCUUCAUUCAAUCUCCUCGAUUACCGCCGACAAUGUCGAGAUUUAUAAGAAUGCCGUCACCAAACUGACGGAUUGCAUGGACGCGAACAUCAAGUGCAUGUACACGAUCAUGGCCAAAGCGGAAGAAAUUUCCAAAACGAUGAAACCGGCGGAGGCACUGGCCGUUAGAAUCCGUGAAAUUAAAAGGCUUGUCGAUAUGUUCGAAAGCAACCUAUAGGAUGAACUCGUAUGGCCCUUGCAGAGGAAUUCACAUUCCAUUGACAGACAACUUAUCACUUGUUAUUUAUUGGUUUAGUAAAUGUUCCGACUCGAUAUAAGAAAAUGUGCUACUGAUCACCACAAAAA